AUGGCCGAGAUCAUCGAAAUCCUACAGCCUUACCUCACGUAUACCAAGCACUUUGAGGGUCGCACUCCUAGAUUUGCAGAGGUACUUCCCACCAUGUACCUCUUGAAGGACCAUCUAUCUGAAAUGCGACAGCGGUAUUCUUCCAACCUUAUCCCUGCGCCGUAUCGGGCGCCGAGGAUCACUCUCGAAGAGCCAGUACUUGAUUGUAUCAUAGUCGCUGCGCCUACUGAUGGCAGAGAGAGAGAGCAACAGGGAGGGCUGCAACAGGACACUGGCGUAUCUACCUGGGGCAGAUAUUCAACCAUGGAAUCGACUACCAGCGGAGAACCAAGUUCUCCACUAUACCAAGCAGAAAUCUCGGUACAAUUCGAAGACAAGGACCUGGAUCCUGAGCCCUUCAAGUUGUCCGACGAUGGGCUACAUUUCAUACAACACUCGAUCAAGUAUGCAAUGUCAAAGCUCGACAAAUACCGCAAUUUGAUGGAGGGGAGCGUUGUUUACUGGGCAGCUAUGAUAUUACACCCAGGAUACGGCAUUGGGUUCCUGCAGCUUAGGCUACCGAACCAAGUAGACUCGAUCCUUCGGGACUUCAGAGAUUACUUUGACAGGCACUAUGCUCAAAGUAACCAGGCACCAGUGUCUCCAGACUCCCCUCCGGCAUUUCAUGGAUCAAAGUUAUUGUUGCGCACUGCAAACUUCCCCAAGAAGGCCAGGAAAGAAGCUCCGGAUGAGAUCAACCUACAGACUUGCGUAUUGUGA